AUGGACAUUGACCCUCCUCCUAUACCUUCUCCCCCUACCGUUUCACCUUUGUCGACUCCGGCAGCUACUCAUAUCAACGUGGAUGACCUUCCCGAUGAUGACGCUGCAGUAGCUCAAAGUACUGCGGACCACCAACCACCUCUCUCCAUGAUCCGAGACGCCUCGAUAUUCCGCAGUGGCCAAGGAGCCUUUGGCCCCCCACUAAUUGCGAGUCAACGAAUGUCGUCUGCGCCAGAGGAGAUGCAGCUGGACGAACCCUUCAUGCCAGACCACAUGAGCUACCGCCGACAAGCUCAGGUCCAGGCAAUCGCGACAACUGACCCCGAUCCACAUGGUGCCGACUAUUCGCAUAGCAUACUUUCUGGUAUGCGUCUGUCUCAGGGGAGCAUAGACCCGAGUGCUUACAUCAUGAAUCUUGCGGCCCAGGCCACUCUUUUUCAAGACCAUGGCCCUUCUGUCAUAGCGCCCUCUGCAGUCUCGUUGCAUUCUUUGACUCAAGAAAGCGAUGCACUUACGGGGAGUGCAGAACCCGCAUCUACAAAUGGAAGCCAACAGUUGGAAUCUUUUGCUAAGAUAGAAUUUGCUGAUAGUACUUUUCAAAUGACAACAUACGCUGUUAUUAUCGGUCGCGACAAGCAAGCAAUGGAACAGGCAAGAGCCAACGAGAGGAGGGAAGCAGCUUACAGACGCAAAUGCGAGGAAAAUGAGAGGAACGGGCUGCCUCCGCCUACGCCCAUCAUGCAUGACAGAGGCAAGUUUAGUAAAUCCUAUGUUAGCGAAGAGGGUGGUAUGCUUGGGCCAGAACACUCAGACGGAGAGGAUGUGAAGCCUGUGAAAAAACGUCGUCCUAGUUCCGCCGCUCAAUCUGCUGCUGGUGAAGAUGAUGCUUCUGGUAACCACGUUCAAUCUAAUCGACAGUACGUGUCGCAUACUACGGGAGCCGCUGCGGUGGAUUUGGGUACUUUGCAGCCGUCUCCAGAGCAUAUCCCAUUUAUCGGUAUACAUUCGCCAGGACCAGAUAUUGCCAGUAAAACGCGUGGUAUUUCUAGACAACAUCUCAAAAUUCAGUUCAAUAAGAAGAGGGGUGUCUUUGAAGGAAUCGCGUUACACAAAAACGGCUUUUUCUGCGAAGACGUUCUUUACGGAUUAAAUCAGCCUGCAACGUUGAGAAGUGGCGACCGACUACAGAUCAAAGAUGUCGAGUUUUUAUUCAUCAUCAACGGUGUUCAGCUUGGAAUGUCCGGUGGAGAGGAUGAAGAUGCUGCAUCAAGCAAGCGGAUGUCGGUGGGUGGCAAAGAAAUGAGUCUCGACUUCGAGCAUUCCGAUCAUGAAAACUUCAGGGAUACUAGCGAAGAAUUGUCCGACGUAGAGAAUGUUCCCACUCCCAUCAUUGAGUCUGAGCAUGGUGAUGAGGAACUAGAGCCUGCGCCAACCCCAAUCACAGCAGAUGAACAUCUAGAUGAAACCAUCAAACCUGAGUUCGAUAUGCUAGGCGAUCUUCCGCCUGAUUUCGCGAUGCCCGAUAUUCCCAAACGCCGAGGACCAGGGCGACCUCCGAAGGAUGGAAUCAUGUCAAAGAGGGAGCGCAGACUAUUGAAGAAACAGAUGCAAGAAACCUCGAAAAAGACUUUGCCCCAAGAUCCACAGGAAGAAAAAAUCAAACGCCCCGUUGGCCGUCCCCGGAAGAAUCCCCUCCCUGAGGAUGGUGAACGGGCUGAGAAGCGCAAGUAUAACAAGAAGAAAAGAGAAGAUGGCGAGGAGGGAUCUGAUGUUGAGAAACGCAUCAAGGAGAAGAAAGACAAGAAAGUCCGACCCAAAUCGCCACCUCUGGAACUUCGAAUUGAGGAUUACACUGCGGAACAACUGCAGAAACCAACCAAGAAUUAUGGCGUCUUAAUUGACGAAGCUCUUACGAAUGGUCCCCCGGAUGGUUUAACCCUCAAGCAAAUAUAUAAGAGAAUUACGGCAAGAUAUCCCUGGUUCUAUUUUAGGUCCGAGACGAAAGGGUGGGAGAGCAGUGUUCGACAUAACCUGAUUGGUAACGAAGCUUUCAAGAAGGAUGAAGAGACUGGCCUCUGGUCUCGAGUACCAGGAGUAGAACUAGAUGCUGGCAAAAAGCGCAAAGCCAGCUCACCAGAUCGUCACCUCGGAUCCGCACAUCUUCAUUCGCACUUAUCACACCCACCGUACUAUCAUGGCAGCCCCUACGCUAAUGCUAGCAACCUUUCAUAUGCACAUGGGCUUCCAAAUUAUCACACUGAGCAAAAGCCCUCUCAACCCGCAUAUACCUCGACAGGACAAAGCACACAGCUUCACACAACUCCAUCGCAGCCCGUUGCCCAGCCAGUAUAUACGGCUCAUGUGCCGGCACCAGCUCAAUUACCUCCUGGCUACGGAAGUCUAACUCAACCAAGACCGUCAAACGUGCCCCAACAAAGUACAUACAGCUCUCCUUACGCACGCCCACCGCCGCCUCCUAAUCCACCCGCCAAAGUCGAAACAGUUCAGUCAAGCGCCCAAACUACUCCCGCGUCAUCAACUCCACGGCCUAUGGCUUCUACACAGCAGCAACAGCCAAAACCUAGUGUUGCUAAUGCUGGGCCAAGUGAGCAGCUGUCACCGGAGAUUGAAAAGGCAAUAGUGCAGUUCAAUGCCAACAUGCUGAAUGUGAUUUCCAAACAGACACCGCAUGCCAAACUUAUCGUUGAAGCGGCUGCCAACCGAGUCCGGGGGCUACCAGUGCAUAACAGAGUCCCAGGUUUCGAUUCAGUUGAAACGACUCUUGUCAAUGCGAUGCUAGGAAUGAUCAGAGAUAUGAAGGCCAAGCACCCUUACACCGCGUCAGCUUCUCCAGCCCCGAGCGCGCCUGCGCAGCCAAGUUCUACGCCAAGCCCUGCACCACCCAACACCGCCGAGGCUGAGAUACAACGACGACUAAGGAACUUUCGGGAUAGCAUGGUUACGGCGCUUAAGAAGAAGACUGACAAGGCUGAGAUUAUUGUAGACUCAGCCAUCAACCGUGCUCGGGGAUUGCCGGCUGCUAAGAUUCCUGGCUGGGAGGAGGCGGACAAACUGAUGGUUAAGUCUGUCACGCAAAUCAUUGCCGAAGCACGCAGUGCGCAUAACCUUACACUGCAGAAAGCUUCACCAUCUCCGGCAAAUAACAGCCGAGCAGUUGUGCCACAACCAGCACAAUCCAUCCCCCGCGCAGAACCGUCCACUUCCCCCGCUCCGGCUCAGGCCCCUACCACAUCUACUACACCACAUGUGCCUCCCAACAAUAGCAUGUCAAGAGCCCCUUAUGCUUCGAACACCCAACCGCCGCUGUCAGGACCUUCAAGUUUAAAUGCCUCUUCAAUGACACGGCCAGGUAUGCCUCUCCAACGGCCCUCUCCGGUCUCCCUUACGCGCCCGUCAACGGCUCCAAUGACUCGCCCAACAACUUUGCAAAAAGAUUCGGGAACUGCACCAACCAUGGGAUCUACCAUUGUCCCUACCGCUCCACGGCCCAACGUGUCGAGUCCUGCUCCCCCCAGUGCCGGUGUUCUUGACCAGAUUACUGGCCACAAAAGGUUUGCGGACGAUGCGUUUCACAAGAGCCACCACACCAAUGGUGGUAACAACACGAAUAGUCACAGUACUAGCCAUACCGUUUCUUCUAGCAACACCAUAAACAGCUCUGGCGUCAACACAGCUAACAGCUCGUCUGUUAUCAAAGCCACGCCAUCAAUUACGUCAGCAAGUGGUGCUUCGAGCGGGGUGACGAGCAGCGCGAUAAAUAAUAUAGCAGGCAAUUCACCAGCGACUUUCAGGGCGCCGGCACCCGUUCAUAACAUAUCUAGCCCUGCACCACCAAGCGCCGGGGUUGUGGACCAGAUUGCUGGUCACAAGCGGUCACUAGAUGAAGGACCGGGCAGUGCAAAUGCAGAGCAGCCCGAGCCUAAGAAAAUCGAUAUCUCGUCCGCUUAG